AUGGUAAUUGCGAUUGGUUUUGAAGGCAGUGCCAACAAAUUAGGCAUUGGAAUAGUGAAAGAUGGCAAAGUAUUAAGUAACUGUCGAAGAACCUAUAUCACACCACCUGGUGAAGGAUUUAUGCCUAGAGAAACAGCUCAUCAUCACCGUAGUGUGAUUCUUACUGUGCUAAAAGAAGCUUUAGAUCAAGCUAAGAUCAGCACAGAUGAUAUUGAUGUUGUUUGUUAUACAAAAGGACCUGGUAUGGGUGCUCCUCUUCAUACAACUGCAAUUGUUGCUAGGACAGUUGCACAAAUAUGGAAUAAACCACUUCUGGGGGUUAAUCAUUGCAUUGGACACAUAGAAAUGGGUAGACUCAUCACUGGAGCUAAAAACCCCACAGUUCUCUACGUCAGCGGUGGAAACACGCAAGUAAUCGCUUAUUCCCGCAAACGCUAUCGAAUUUUCGGCGAAACAAUCGACAUCGCCGUUGGAAACUGCCUGGAUCGCUUCGCACGUGUCAUCAAACUCUCAAAUGACCCUAGUCCUGGCUAUAACAUUGAACAGAAAGCGAAAAAAGGCAAGAAAUUCUUCGCUCUGCCAUACUGUGUCAAAGGAAUGGAUGUGAGUUUCUCUGGGAUUUUAUCUAGCAUCGAACAGAAAGCUCCGCACCUUUUAGCUCAAGGCUACACGGUGGAAGAUCUAUGCUAUUCAUUGCAAGAGACAAUUUUCGCUAUGUUGGUAGAAACUACAGAGCGUGCAUUAGCACAUUGCGAAUCCAAUGAAGUAUUGAUCGUUGGUGGUGUGGGUUGUAAUGAGCGUCUGCAGGAGAUGAUGGGUCAGAUGUGUGAGGAACGAGGCGCGAAGUUAUUCGCUACUGAUGAGCGAUUUUGUAUUGAUAAUGGCGUGAUGAUUGCGCAUGCAGGUGCGGAGAUGUUCAGAUCGGGGAGUGAGAUGUUGUGGAAGGAUAGUUUUAUCACGCAGAGGUUUCGGACUGAUGAGGUCGAAACAACAUGGAGAGAUGAUUAAGUUUUAAAGUAAAAUGUUUAAUUUUGGAUGUAUUUUGCGAUUGCAAGAGUAUAAAAUUGAAAAUUUCA